AACGCAGAGACUAGCAGCAGCAGCAGCAGCCGAGAAGUAUCUCCGGUCCCUUCCCUUCCCGGCUCUAGCCCGCCGCCGCCGCCGUUCCCCCGCCGGCAGAUCCCCCUUGCCUACUUUCCCUUUGGAUCUGCCUCUCCUCCCCGCCGCUAUGGUUGGGUAGCAGAAUCACCCCCCCCCCCCCCCCGCCGUCGUGUGAACUGCGGUGUGGCCGCCGGUAACUCACUUUCUGCAGGAGGUUUCCCCGUCUGCCGCCGCCACUUACUUGCUGCGCUCCGGUGUCCUGGUAUUCGUCGGGCUGAGUGCUUUAGGUAAAGUGAUGGCAGAAGUUCAAGAUGGCCAUUAUGAUUCGUCUACUGACAGCUUGCGCGUGGAGCCUAUAUAUGAAUCAUUCCUGUGUCCACUCACAAAACGAAUCAUGCGGGAUCCUGUCAAUAUAGAGAGCGGUGCUACAUUUGAGCGUGAAGCCAUUUUGAAGUGGUUCAAGGAAUCUGAUAGCAGAGGAGAGAGACUUGUCUGUCCUGUUACUAGGAAGGAGCUCAGCAGCACUGAGUUGAAUCCAAGCAUUGCUCUGAGAAACACUAUUGAUGAAUGGAUGCAUCGAAAUGAGGCAGCCAAACUUGACGUGGCCCGUAAAUCCUUAACUUCUGAGAGUUCAGAAAGUGAGAUAUUGCAAGCACUUGAAUAUGUUGCGGAGAUAUGCCAGAGAAGUAGAUCCAGCAGACAUGUAGUGAGGAAGCUUGGCUUGAUAAGCUUAAUUUCCGAGUUGAUGAAGAAUAGCAGUACAAAAGUACGACAAAAGGCACUGGAAAGUCUUCGCUUUGUUACAAAAGAUAACAAUGACAACAAGGAUGAGAUUGCUGCUGGGGACAACAUUCGCACAAUCGUGAAGUUCUUAUCUCACGGGCACGUCCAAGAGAAAGAACAGGCUGUGUCUCUGUUACAUGAACUUUCGGAAUAUAAGCCUCUUUCAGAAAAAAUUGGGAGCGUUCCUGGGGCCAUACUUAUACUUGUUGGCUUGUCAAGUAGUAAAGUAGAAAACGUGUUGACAAUUGAUAGGGCUGAGAAGACACUUGUGAAUUUAGAGAGCUGUGAAAAGAAUGUUAGACAGAUGGCUGAAAAUAGUAGAUUGCGACCGCUUCUUAGGCUUCUUCUUGAAGGUUCACCUGACACACAACUGUCUAUGGCUGCCUAUCUUGGGGAGCUUGUUUUGAGCAAUGAUAUCAAGGUCCUUGUGGCACAAAAAGCAGGCUCUGCACUGGUCAAUGUUAUGAAAAGUGGGAAUAGGGAGGCCAGAGAAGCAGCUCUUAAGGCGUUGAACCAAAUUUCAUCUUAUGAUACCAGUGCAAAGAUACUAAUUGAAGCAGGUAUUCUUCCACCUCUUGUAACAGACCUCUUUACAGUUGGCAGUAAUCAGCUUCCAAUGAGGUUGAAAGAGGUAUCAGCUACGAUUCUUGCCAAUGUUGUGGCAUCCGGUGCAAAUUUUCAGUCCAUUACACUUGAUCACAACCGCCAGACCUUGGUAUCUGAAGAAAUUGUUCACAAUCUGCUUCAUCUCAUCAGCAAUACUGGACCUGCAAUCGAGUGCAAGUUACUCCAGGUCCUUGUUGGUCUAACCAGUUCUUCUAAAACUGUCCAAAACGUAGUUGAUGCCAUAAAAAGCUCAGGUGCUACUGUCAGUUUAAUUCAGUUUGUUGAAGCACCUCAAAGAGAGGUUCGCAUGGCUUCCAUCAAGCUCUUGAAUAACAUAUCACCAUAUAUGGGACAAGAACUUGCUGAUGCUUUUCGUGCAAAUUUUAGUCAGCUUAGCAGCUUGAUUAGGGUAAUUGCUGACAACAACGGGAUUUCUGAAGAGCAAGCACCGGCUGCUGGCCUCGUAGGUGAUCUUCCUCAGCAGGAUUCGGUGCUCACCAGACGUCUUGUUCAAGAUGGGGCCUUUGCCACAAUCAUAUCAAAAGUGAUAAUGAUCAGACAAGGGGAGAGUCGUGGGGGGCGUUUCGCCAACCCUUUCAUGGAAGGUCUAGUUAGGAUAAUCUCCCGGAUCACAUUUGUCUUGGAUGAUGAUCCAGAUAUCAUUGCUGUUGCUCGUGAAUACAAUCUCACUGCACUAUUUAGUGACCUGCUUCAGAUGGGUCUUGACAGUGUCCAGAUUGUCUCUGCCACUGCACUAGGGAAUCUGUCUCGCCAAUCAAAGCAUCUAACAAAGAUACUGCCACCUCCUAACCCAGGGUUGUGUUUUUCAAUAUUUCCAUGCAUCAGUCAGAGGUCUGUACCAACUGGGGUAUGUCGAGUUCAUGUUGGGAUAUGUUCUUCCAGGGAGAGCUUCUGUCUCUUGGAAGGAAAGGUGGUGGAGAAGUUGGUUGCUUGCUUGGAUCACGACAAUGAGAAAGUGGUUGAAGCCUCUCUAACAGCACUGUCCACAUUAUUGGAGGAUGGAGUGGACAUUGAGCAAGGUGUGAUGAUCUUGUGUGAUGUUGAAGGGGUCAAACCGAUUCUUGAUGUAUUAUGUGAGAACCGUUCUGAGGCACUAAGGGAGCGAGCGGUUUGGGCUGUGGAGAGGAUCCUGAGGACUCAUGAAAUUGCUUGCGAGAUCUCAGGAAACCAAAAUGUUGGUACAGCCUUAGUUGAAGCUUUCAGGCAUGGCGACUUCAGGACAAGACAAGUCGCGGAGCGAGCACUAAAGCACGUUGAUAAAUUGCCCAAUUUCUCUGGGAUAUUUUCCAAGAUUGGGACACAAUGAUCAUGUUUCACAAAAGUAGGCUAAUUUGCAUGAUAAAUCCCGGUCAAAUUGGAUCGUGUUCCCAGCUUAACCUUGUUGGUUUCGCUGACUGCUGCUCUCCAAAUAGUUCCCAAGAUGAUCAGGUUGAUUGAAUGGGAAUUGAAGGUAUUGCUUGUGUUGUAUAGUAUGGUGUAUAUUUUCCCCGCUGUAAUCUUGUUGUAUUGUAUUAUUCAGAUGGCCAGACCCAUAGCGUGACAUUCUUCUUGUGUUCAUACAAUAAUUACACGUAAGUCCCAUCUUGGGUUGAAACCCGAAAGAAAAGAAGGGAAGUCUUUGCAUGAAGGAAAUUUUGCAGUUUCUUUUCA